CGUGACGUCACGGCCGGCUGGCUGGCUGGCUGGCGAGGGGAAGCUGCAGAUUAGUGAAUCGGCUCGGUGGUAUUGUUCAGGCAUUCACAUUACAACAAUAGAAUCAAUGAAAAACUACACAAAAAGACUGACAAAGCAACCAAUGUGCACAAGACAAACUCUGCAAAUAGAAAAAAAAAGAAAAAGAAAUAAAUAAAUCGCUGUAAAUUUCUUGAAAGUGAGUCUGUGGGUUGCAGAAUCAGCUCAUUGUUGAGGACCUGAGGCUUUAGCAAUGCUGCUUUAUAUCCAGAUGCUCCAAUACAGCAAUCUAAAUCAAGGCUAGCUGGUUUUUCUCCUAUGCAGCAAGAAGAUCGUGGUUAUGUGUUUGUUCUGUGAGACGAGCAGACAGACUAAAUGUGUCCAGGCUGCCAAUACAGUGCUUGGGAGCCAAAAUGCCAUCUUUGCCUGUCGAUUAGACCACAGUUGCUUUUCUUCCACUUACUAACACCGCAUGGUGUGGGUGCCUGUGCACAAGUCGAAGGCUGACAACAUUGCCUUGCUACACCGAUCUAAUACGAAUCUUGGGAACAUGUUUGUUGAGUGGUUGACAGACUGGGACCUGACACUGGACCGCAUUAAAGGUUUGGUGCUGGCAAGCUUGCACGCAGUACGGGAGUGUGACGUAACGGCUGUGACCACCUUUGCGUGCGUCUUGGGGCUCUUUGUGUGGUAUUGCUACCAUGUAGGCAGCGAGCAGCCCCGCAGUCACACACCAGUGAACGCCAUCAUGCAGAAUGCUGACAUAAAUGGGUUGCAGAAUGGUUACACGUGCUGUCAAUCCGCCGAUUGCAUAAGAUGCACCCAUAACGAGGGACGCAAUCAGAAACUGUAUCACAAUCUACAGGAGUAUGCUAAGCACUACUCAUGGUCAGGAAUGGGACGGAUCCAUAAGGGAAUUCGGGAGCAGAACCGAUACUUGAACACUAGACCUUCCAUCCAGAAACCAGAAGUUUUCUUCCUGCCUGACCUGCCCACAACUCCAUAUUUUUCACGAGACGCCCAGAAGCAUGACGUAGAGUUGCUGGAGCGGAACUACCAAACCAUCCUGGCUGAAUUUGAAUUGAUUUUCAAGGCAUUCUCAAACUGCAGCCUUCCACAGGGCUGGAAGGUUAAUACCACACCAAGAGGCGACUGGUUCACCUUCUAUCUGGUUAACCAGGGCAUCUGCCUUCCCAGUAAUUGCAGAAGGUGCCCUCGGACGUAUCGAUUACUAGGCAGUCUUCGCACUUUCAUCAGUAAUAAUGUCUUUGGGAAUGCCUGUUUCUCUGUUUUGAGUCCAGAAACACUCAUCACUGAACACUACGGACCCACAAACGUCCGGAUCCGCUGCCAUUUAGGUUUGAAGGUUCCCAGCAACUGUGAACUGGUGGUAGGGGGAGAGCCCCAGUGCUGGGCAGAAGGGCGAUGUUUGCUAUUUGAUGAUUCCUUCCUUCACACAGCAUUCCAUGGAGGUUCAGCUGAAGAUGGUCCACGGGUUGUCUUCAUGAUCGACUUGUGGCACCCAAACGUUGCAGCCACCGAGCGCCAAGCUCUAGACUUCAUCUUCUCUCCGGCCCGCUGACUCCACUCAAUCCUGUUUUAUUCUUCCUCCUGAGUGGCAGACCUCGGAAGGAACGGAGCACUGGAUGGAAUGAGGGCUUUUGGAUCAUUGGACCUGCUGCCCUUUCUCAUUUCAUUAGAAAGAAAUAAGUGGGCAAAAUAAGGAAAAUAUAAGCUUUAUUUGCUGAAAUUGCACGCAUUGUCGUGUUAAUGGUUAGAUGGAGAAACAAAAGUCCAAGAUUUAUUUAUGUAUUGCUUCGGAUUUAUUUUUUUAACAAGGUAAAUUCCUUUACUUUCCACUAGUCAUUGGGGUAGGGUGUGCAGCCGAAUUGAUUUCUGUCACACUGGGUUGCAGCCAGUAGGACGUUUUUUCUGAGCUGUGUAUUACUUUGAUUUUAAACUGUCUCAUCUGUGAGACAUAAUCCAGGUUAGGCACUGUGAAGGGUUUUCUGGCCCGGUUCGUCUAGUUGUCAGUGUUCAUUUUGGCAGGGUUGGGUGGGAGUGGGUGGGUACUGAGUUGGAAAAACACAACAGCUGUCCAAGAAUUUUCCAAAGAAAUUCCUGGGAUUGUGGGUCCAUAUACAGGUUGAGUGGAUUAGAAACCUAAUUGAGCAUGUUAAAAACUCCUCUGAUUUGGAGUUUCUAGAUCAAUUUGCCAUUUCUCACAGACUGCUUACUGUCUCGCUUCUGUACCUCAGCAAUUUUAAUGUAUUUUGCAGUGAAAAACAAUAUUUAAAUUAUAAAGUAUUAGUUUUAUAUUUUAAAAAAUUAAUGGAUUAAAGGAAAAUAACACACAAAGCUGUUCUCAUCAGAGAAAAUGACAGAUGGAUAGGUCAUACAGAGAAUCCUAGGUAUAAAAGAAGGGAUGUCAUUAGAAGUAUUGUGAUUAUCACAAUUAUUUUUGCAAUGCAAAUCCUUCGUGAAAAAAAUAACUAUUCUCAUCGACCCAUUUAUUGAUUGGAAAAUUAUUUGAUGCAUUGGCCACAGUAACAGUAAAAAGAUCAUCAUUGAGUUUCAAAAGUUCAACAGGUUUACCUUUAUUUUUUUAUCUAAUUGAUUAAUGAAACAAAAUUUGCUUCUUGGAUCUGAAGAAGACUCAUUUGGGGCCAUUAUUUUUUUAUUUAUCAAUGUACAUUGGGAUUAAAUGAUUAAUCCAGAAUUAUGUUUUUAUUCCUUUGGCAUAAUCAAAGGAGCUAAAUGGUUUACAGAGUUUGGAAGGUUACUUUUCCACUUGUGAGCAGUGUGCGAAGAAGUUGAGGCUGUAGUGAAACGAGCUGCACCACGACGUUAGCUUCAGGCUUCACGAUAUCACUGUAAAGCACAGAACCCUGUGCAAGUAUAGAGAGGAACUGCAAACAAUUUCCCAUCACCAUGUCCAUGUUAAAUACUUAGAGCUUUGCCUGUCCUAGUGAACUCUGAACAAGAUUGUCCCAUCAAAAGAUAGGAAAGAGGUCAACUGCUGUACUGAAUUUUUGGCAGCUGUGAAUGGGAGAUUUAUGCUUGAAUGAAACUUAAUUGAAUUUGAUUGGAACUUUAAAGAGCUGCCAAAGGAGAAACUAUCUUCCUAAUUCAGCUGUAACCAAGCCUAGGCUCUUUGUACCACGUGAACUUAACUUGUAGUGCUGCAGUUAAAUACUUCGAUUACAAAUGUAGUAAAGUAUUACUUUUCUAUUUGUGCCACCAGUGAAUUAGCAUUAUGUGAACUUGCGUCUAAAAGGAAUUAAUGCAAUGCCACAGAAUUCAGUUUAACAUCUGUGCUCUUCAUGAUGCAAUGUGAUGCUUGCCUACUCCUGUGAGUCUGACAUUUCCAUAUGAUGGACUGUUAUUUUCGUAAGUAUGCUUACCUCCGCUGGCCUAGUCAUUCUGGUUGUGCAAUCUGGCCAUAAGAUUGCCCCAAACCUCGGGGCAAAUUACUUCUAUUGAUGCACUUUACUAUAUAUGAUAGCUAAUGUGUUGCAUGUGUACACAUGGAAUUGUGCUGGUGCAAGAUUUGAAGAAAUAAAUCAGACAUUAAGUUUUAUUGCUGUGUUUUUC